UGAUUCAAUUGAAUUGACCUGAAUAUGUAUAUUUGAUGCCGGGGAGUGGGGACAUAAGGGCAACAUCUAUAUGCCAUUCGCCUGCCCGCCUGCCCUCAAAUUAUUAUGGCAGCGGUGUUUACAGAGUGGUUUAAUGAGCCCCUUGGGUUUCUCAGUUAUAGACAAUAAUAUAAAUGACUAGAUUAAUAAUGACGAAACAUCCAAUGGUACAAGAACUUGCACGGGCAACAUCCAUUGGAGUACGUAAGUCUUCCCUUGGGCUGUUCCAAUGAAAGCUGAUGAAGCCUUUCCGAACCAAUGAUAGAUUAACUGCAGGUUCAGGCGGCUCACUCAACUACAAUUUUAGGUCAAGCUCUGCCCCUGGCCAUCAUAGACUGAACAAAAAAACAGCAAUUCUCUCAUUUCUUUCAUGCCCCGAUGAUGGCCAAGUCAUCACAUUAUGCCACACAAUAAUCCAAAAACCUUCAUAUUGCAACCAUUCUAUGCAAUCGAGGUAGAAACCUUGUUUCUUUGAACGAAGCUUUUCAAUUUUUCCAGUUCACCAACAGCAGAUAGCCAUUCUGUUGGAAUCUGCAUGGUUAUAGAGUCUGGAUGGCAAGCAUGCCGAAUCUUACUGUCCAUCUAUAUUAAGCCAUCUUCCAACAUAUUCUUCUCUUUCAGGCGUUUAAACAAUGCAUUGUAAGUGGUCGUAUCAGGCUUCGCCCCAUUUGCUUUCAUAUCUUCCAUCAUAGAUAAAGCGACUUUUGACUUCGUUAUGCUUGCACAAAGAUUCUAUAAGAAUGUUGUAUGUUAUAGUGUUUGGUGGAAUCAUUGAUAUGGAACUCAUGUCAGUGAAAAGCUUCAUGGCUCCCUUUGUUUUUCCAUUUAAGCAGCACGCAUGUAGAAGCGAUCUAUAUGUGUCAGUAGUAGGCACAAGACCGUCCUUAAUCAUCCGUUUCAUCACCCUAAGAGCAAGUGCCAAAUCCCCACUUCUGCAAAAAUAAGCGAUCAAUGUGUUACAGGUGACACUAUCAGGCUUCAUUCCCACUUCAUUUCCUUGAUGAUUUCAUAAGCUUUAUCUACCAUGUUCUUCUUACAUAACCCAUUGACAAGAGCAUUAUAGCAUUUGAUGUCAGGGAGGAAACCGGCUUGUUUAAACUGCGACAAAACAUCAUUGGCAUCACCCAUCCUUCCAGCUUUGCAAAAACCAUAGCUUGAUGAUUUCAUAAGCUUUAUCUACCAUGUUCUUCUUACAUAACCCAUUGACAAGAGCAUUAUAGCAUUUGAUGUCAGGGAGGAAACCGGCUUGUUUAAACUGCGACAAAACAUCAUUGGCAUCACCCAUCCUUCCAGCUUUGCAAAAACCAUAGAUCAAGCUAUAGCAAACAGUAGCAUCUGCAGAGCAUCCACUUCUCAACAUUUGAUCAAACAGAUCAACCGCCUUAGGGAAAUCGUCAACAUCACAUAGAGCAGUAAUUAGAGUAGCAUACGUAGCUGUAUUGCCCUUCGGUCCUUUCCCCCGCGUAUCGUUGAAGAACACAAUUGCACUAUUGAUCCUCCCAUGUCUGCACAUACCAACCGGCAACCACCAAUGCAUUAAGAGAUACAACAUUAGGUGAAACCCCUUCUUCAUUCAUCUGAUCAAAUAGCUCCUUCCCUAUCUCAAUCUCUCCAACUUUAGAAAACCCAUCAUCCAAGCAAUUAUAAGUAACUGUAUUAGGUGCCAAACCCUUCGUGGAUUUCAUCGGUUCCAUCAAAUGCAACCCUUCUUCAAGCCUCCCUGCCUUACAAAGGCCAUCAACCAUAGUAUUAUAUAUACAUCAGCUUCAACUGAAAGACCAUCACUCUCGCUUUCUUCACCUAUUUUGUCGAACACUUCCAUCGCCUCAUCAACCCUCCCUAACUUACAUAACUGAUUAACAAGAAUCACCAAAGUUCCAACUUCCGGCAUAAUAUCACUCUCCCUCAUCUCAGCCAAAACUGUAGUCAUUCCAUUAACAUCCCCACGCCUCCCUAAUUCGGUUAAAAGUGCAUUGAAAGGAGGAGCUUCAAGAGGCGCUCGCAGUCUCACCAGUUCAUGCAACACAUUCCAAGCUUGAUUGCUUGAUACGAGUAGUGUAGUGUUCAUUUUGCUUCGUUGAUAUGCCUAACUUCCAAUGUUUACAAGGUAAUUAAAAUAGAGAUAUUUUACCAAGUUGUAAUUAUUUUGGCGCGUUCCUUGCACGCAUGUUGAGUUUUCCAUACAUCACGUGUAAGAUCUGAAUCUGAAGUGAACGUCGGCAUCCAACGACAAAGGUUUUUGCAAGGCUCAAACUCAAAUCUACGUGUCCUUCCUUAUCUGUUAAAAAUUCUAUGCAUCGCGGACUUCACUAUUCCGAAAAUGUUGAAAAUUCACGCGCCACCUAUUUUGAUAAAGGCUCUCCUUUCCUUUGACUUGUCCUUUUCAUCAUCUAUAUCUGCUACUCUUUCGCCACUCCAAUCCGCCAGACUCCACCGCUUUCGUCUUCGUCGGACUUCAAUUCGUGCACUUGUAACCAUGUCCGUUCCCAAAUCCGACUCCACUGGCCAGUCAAUGACGGAGCACGUCGCCGGGAAUUGGUAUUCGGUACCGGGCCUCCGACUCCGGGACCACCGAUUUAUGGUCCCUCUGGAUUAUAAAAAUCGGGAAGCUUCUUCUAAGAUAUCCAUUUUCGCUCGCGAAAUCGUUGCUGUUGGGAAAGAAGAGCAGCCAAUGCCAUAUCUUUUAUACCUUCAAGGAGGGCCUGGUUUUGAGUGCCCAAGAUCAACUGAAGCCAGUGGAUGGAUACUUAAAGCAUGCGAAGAAUUUCGGGUUGUAUUGAUGGAUCAGCGAGGAACAGGUUUAUCAACCCCUUUGACUCCAUCAUCUAUGCAGCAAAUAAAGUCUGCCCCAAAACUGGCUGAUUACUUGACACAUUUUCGAGCUGACAGUAUCGUGAACGAUGCUGAAUUCAUCCGUGUUCGUCUUGUUCCCGAAGCUAGGCCUUGGAGUGUUCUGGGUCAGAGUUAUGGUGGUUUUUGUGGUGUUACUUAUCUGAGUUUUGCACCCCAAGGUUUGAAACAAGUGCUUUUAACAGGAGGGAUACCUCCAAUUGGAGAUGGAUGUACUGCAGAUUCUGUUUAUAGAGCUUGCUUUGAGCAGAUUAUUCAUCAGAAUGAAAAAUACUAUAAGAGGUUCCCUCAAGAUAUUGAAAUUGUCCGAGAUGUUGUUACCUUUUUGGCAGAAUCCGAAGCAGGCGGGGUACCUCUUCCAUCUGGGGGAAUCUUAACCCCUAGGGGGCUGCAAUUUCUUGGUCUAUCUGGUUUAGGAUCCAGCGCUGGUUUUGAACGCUUGCAUUAUAUGUUUGAGAGGGCCUGGGAUCCAAUUUUAGUUCCUGGAGCACCAAAGCAGAUCAGUUCGUACUUUUUAAAUACAUACGAAAAUUGGGUGUCCUUUGAUACAAAUCCACUUUAUGCUAUUCUCCAUGAGUCAAUAUACUGUCAGGGUGCUUCUUCGCGGUGGUCUGCUCACAGAGUGAGGGCUGAUCAUGAGAGCAAAUUUGAUGCAAUCAACGCUGCAAAAGAAGGGCGUCCUGUGCUUUUUACAGGGGAGAUGAUAUUUCCAUGGAUGUUUGAUGAAGUUAAAGCUUUGAGGCCUUUCAAAGAGGCCACUCAAUUAUUGGCUGAGAAGGAAGAUUGGCCUCCACUGUAUGAUGUUACUGCAUUGAACAAUAACAAGGUACCGGUAGCAGCUGCCGUAUACUAUGAGGAUAUGUAUGUUAACUUCAAGCUGGUCAAGGAAACAGCGUCUCAGAUAGCAGGAAUAAGGUUAUGGAUAACCAAUGAAUACAUGCAUUCCGGGCUUCGGGAUGGAGGUGGGCAAGUUUUUGAUCACUUGAUGGGGAUGCUAAACGGGAAGAAGCCUUUGUUCUGAAAUCAAAAUUAGGGUAUUGCCUGUGUACAUAAUGAGGAACCAAACUUUGUUCGGCACCAAGCUUGUAUUUGAUACGAUUGUUGGGUUUCUUUGUCAUAAUCAGCCGCACUGGAAGUGUCUUUGUCUUAUGAUUGAAUCCAUUUGCAUGUUGUGCA